AUGGAGCAACCUCCCGGAUUUGUAAAUCUCGACACACCAAACCAUGUAUGCCUAUUGAAGAAAUCUAUAUACAGGCUCAAACAAGUGUCGCAUGCUUGGUUUGAUCGUCUAUCCACCUUUUUGCUCCAUCUUGGUUUUCUUUGCAACACUGUAGAUUCUUCACUCUUCAUUCUCAAAACAAGUUCAGUGGCCACAUUGAUUUUAAUAUAUGUUGAAGAUAUUUUAGUUACAAGCAACAAUGACAUCUUCAUUACAAAUCUGGUUCAGCAACUCAGACGUGAGUUCGCCAUUAAAGACCUUGGAACUUUGCACUACUUUUUGGGCAUAGAGUUUAUUUGCUUCAAGGAUGGUCUUCUUCUAACUCUACAAAAGUAUAUCAAUGACUUGUUAUCUAAAACUAAAAUGCUCGGUUGCAAAGCCAUGGCCACAACACAAGAAAAACCAUCAUCUUCUGAUAAUAUUAUUGUUGAUGUUUCAGAGUUUCGUAGCAUUGUAGGUGCACUACAGUAUUUAACUUUCACUCGUCCAUAUAUCACUCAUGCUGUUAAUCAUGCUUGUCAACACUUCACCAAGCUCACUGUGACAGAUUUAAAGGCAGUUAAACGCAUUUUGCGUUAUCUCAAAGGCACACAAAAUUGGGGGUUGCGCUACAUUUACAACAUAUACCCUUCCUUGUAUGGGUUUAGUCAUGCUGAUCGGGCUAGUUGUCCUAUCACAAGAGGAAGUACUACAUGUUAUUGUGUCUUUCUUGGUGCUAACUGCAUAUCUUGGUCCUCUAAGAAGCAAUUCGUUGUUGUUUGCUCUAGUACUAAAGUAGAAUAUCCCUCCAUGGCUCACACUGGUGUCGAGCUAACAUGGAUCACCUAUCUCUUUCAUGACACAUGUAGUUCUCUUCCUCAUGCUCCUCAACUAUUUUGUGAUCCGAUGUUUCAUGUUUGCAAGGAACAUAUUGAGCUUGACUAUCAUUUUGUUCGUCAAAAAGUAGCCAUACGAGGUAUUGUUACUCGCUACAUUUCUACAUCAUCACAACUUGUCAAUGUCUUUACCAAACCACUAGCGAAUGAUUUUUUUUCUCAAAUUUCGCAGCAAGUUAGGCGUGUAUCAAAAUCCACUUGCCAGCUUAAGGGGGCAUGA